UAAAAGACCUCAAACGCCGUCGUUUCAGUUAAGCAUACAACUGCAGUACUGCGUAUAUAAACGCCGGACACGCCGCGUCUCCUGUGAUCUCCGAACAACUCAAAUCCUACACUUCAGUACUUCACCUCCAAUGGCGGACUCCGACUCUCAGCCUUCAAAUUCACACAGUACUCAAAAUGCGCCCGUCGAUGGUAACCUCCUUGCCGCCAAAUCCCUGGCACGCUUUGGCGUGUCCCACAUGUUCGGUGUGGUGGGAAUCCCUGUUACUUCACUAGCGAAUCGCGCCGUCUCUCUUGGCAUCCGAUUCAUCGCUUUCCACAAUGAGCAGUCUGCGGGAUACGCUGCCUCUGCAUAUGGGUACCUCACUGGCAAGCCGGGGCUGUUACUCACUGUCUCCGGUCCGGGUUGCGUCCAUGGGCUCGCUGGCCUCUCCAACGCCAUGGCUAACACUUGGCCCUUGGUCAUGAUAUCCGGCUCCUGUGACCAGAAGGACGCCGGCAGAGGCGAUUUCCAAGAGCUUGACCAGAUUGAGGCCGUGAAACCCUUCUCGAAGUUUUCAAUUAAAGUGAGGAGUAUCGAGGAAAUACCGAAUUGUGUUGCUCAAGUUCUUGAUAUCGCGGUCUUGGGCCGGCCAGGAGGGUGUUAUUUGGACAUUCCUUCUGAUGUGUUGCAUCAAACGGUAUCAGAAUCGGAGGCAGAGGAUUUAAUACUGGCGGCAGAGAAGUCCAGAAAUAAGGAGCCAGUCGAGAAAGUGGAGGGUUCUGAGAUUGCAAAAGCAGUGUCUAUGCUUAGAGAGGCGCAAAGGCCGUUGAUUGUGUGCGGAAAAGGGGCGGCUUAUGCAAAAGCUGAGAAUGAAUUGAAGAAGCUGGUUGAUACUACUGGAGUUCCCUUUUUGCCUACACCAAUGGCGAAAGGAUUGUUGCCUGACACACACGAGCUUGCUGCAACUGCGGCGAGGUCCCUAGCGAUUGGUAAAUGCGAUGUUGCACUUGUUGUGGGUGCCAGGCUGAAUUGGUUGUUGCAUUUUGGAGAGGCGCCAAAGUGGUCUAAAGAUGUGAAAUUCAUUUUGGUGGACGUAAAUAAGGAAGAAAUUGAAUUAAGGAAGCCACAUUUAGGUUUGGUUGGAGAUGCAAAACUGGUAUUAAAUAUGAUAAACAAGGAUAUUAAGGAUGAUCCAUUUUGUUUGGGGAGGUCACAUCCAUGGGUAGAGGCCAUUUCAAAGAAGGCCAAGGAAAAUGUGGCAAAAAUGGAGGCUCAGUUGGCGAAGGAUGUUGUGCCAUUUAACUUCUUGACACCAAUGAGGAUCAUAAGGGAUGCAAUUAUUGGAGUGGGGAGCCCAGCGCCAGUUCUGGUUUCUGAAGGGGCAAAUACCAUGGAUGUUGGUAGAGCAGUGCUGCUGCAAACAGAGCCAAGAACGAGGUUGGAUGCUGGGACUUGGGGGACAAUGGGAGUUGGAUUGGGAUAUUGCAUUGCAGCGGCAGUUGCUGCACCUGAUCGGCUUGUGGUAGCUGUUGAAGGGGACUCAGGAUUUGGUUUCAGUGCCAUGGAAGUUGAGACAUUGGUUCGAUAUCAGUUGGCUGUGGUUGUAAUAGUUUUUAACAAUGGUGGUGUUUACGGUGGUGACCGGAGGACUCCUGAAGAAAUAACUGGGCCUUACAAAAAAGAUCCCGCACCAACUUCUUUUGUCCCUGGUGCUGCUUAUCACACACUAAUUGAAGCUUUUGGUGGGAAGGGUUAUCUUGUUGGGACUCCUGAUGAACUCAAGUCUGCCCUUACUGAAUCCUUCUCUGCACGAAAGCCUGCUGUAAUAAAUGUCACUAUUGAUCCUUAUGCUGGCGCUGAAAGUGGGAGACUGCAGCACAAAAAUUGAGAUGAAGCUCUGAGAAGAUUCAGGUGUUUUAAGCUAAUAAAAGGUGUCGAGACUCGAGAGGUCGUGGAAAUUGUGUGCUAGAGACUCUCUGCAGUCAUUGAGGAAGCAUUUGUCAGUAAUUUUCUUACCAUGAGUAUGUGCAGCCAUGUUUACCAUUGUAAUGCUUUUUCGUAUAUAGCUAGUUUUGUCUUUGGGAACGUCAUUGAUCAUAAUUGAGUGUUAUUGACUACGUUGAUGUCCUGCUUCUAUUGUCGCCGUGUUAAUUUAUGUGCAACGUUGUGCUUGUUGAGGAAUAAUACAUGUUUCUGUGUGCCUUUGAUUCUCCUUAUUGAAAUCAUAUCACCAUUUUGUACCAA